AAGGAAGACGACCACGACGAGAAAUAACGGUGCGUAGUGCUAGCACUGAAACGUUAGUAGAGUGUUUUUUUUGCUGCGCCAAAGAGUUAAACAGUUGUAGUUGUUGUUAUAGUUGUUUGUAGCAUAGCAAAGUAGUAAUUUUGGUGGGCAAAAUGUUCAUGUCGUUGUUGUUGUGUAGUGAAAAACAAACAACAAAAAUUUGUUUGCAAUAUUAGCGACAGUAGCAGAAAAGAGUGAGAGAAAACAACUGGAAAAAAGUAAUAAGACGGAAAACUGAAAAGUGAAAAGGAAAAAUACUAGCGAAAAAGCACAAAAACCAGCAACAAAAGCAAUAACAGCAAGAGGGGUAAAUACGAGAAAAAGCAAGAGGUGGAGGAAAGGUGAAAACACUAAUGGAAACUAUGACAAAUAAAUACUUUGUGGUAUCACAACACAAUAUGGAGCUUGUCUCAAAAUCAAAUAUGAGCGCUUUGGAGGAUCGUUCUUCCAAGAGUAUGGAAAAACUCAAAAUGUUGGACAUAACACGAGAUCGACCAGUUAAAGUAGCUGUCAAAGUGGCCGUACCAGUACGAGAUCAUCCAAAGUUUAAUUUCGUUGGCAAACUUCUGGGUCCGAAAGGCAAUUCCAUGAAACGACUGCAGGAGGAGACUAUGUGUAAAAUGGCCGUAUUGGGUCGUGGUUCGAUGCGCGAUCGUAAAAAGGAGGAGGAAUUGCGUGCUAGUGGUGAUAGUCGUUACUCACAUCUCUUCGAAGAUUUACAUGUGGAGAUUUCAACAUUUGCAGCGCCUGCAGAAGCUCAUGCACGCAUUGCAUAUGCAUUGGCCGAAGUGCGAAGGUUUUUGGUGCCGGAUUACCACGAUGACAUACGACAAGAGCAAAUGUGGGAAAUGCAAGCAUUGAGUUCCUCGUCAUCGCUGACCUUCUCCGACGAUCAGCACAGUCCCAAUCGCGGUGGUGUCACUGAUAUGGAUACAUCGAAUGAUGACAAACUCGAGAUGGAACCCAAUGGGAUGGAGUGCAAUGCAUUAGACAAGAAUGAUGUACAACAGGUGGGUUUAAGUAGUGAGCAAUUACACCAGCAUCAGCAACAGCAACAGCAACAGCAGCAACAACAACAGCAACAGCAACAACGCAAUUUACAUCAUCUACUCCACCAACCACCACCGACCAACCGCAACACCAACAACACCAUAGCAAUGGCAUCUAAUCACCACACCAAUCUCUUGCCGAACGGCGUUGAUGGAAUUUGUCAGAAAACGAAUGCCAGCAACACAGCUACGACAAUGAAUUCCUUCCCACUAGUACAUCCAGCCGCCAUGUCGGUGGCAUUGCAACACCAAUUGACCGCUGCCAGUAUUGGUAAUAUAUUGAAGCCAGCACCGAGUGCGGGCGGCUUGCCCACAGUGACUGACUUACAUACAGCGGCGCAACAGCCAACUGCUGCCGGUGGCAUUCCAUUGCCGACGGAAAGUGAAGCGUCCAUGGCAGCCACCUUGGGUUUGUUGGAUCCACCUGCUAGUACGUUGCUGCAUCCGGCGUUGCGUAGUGUUAAGGCGAUCAAUAUUGCGGGUGGCUUGGCACGUAAGCGUCCCCUACUGGGUGUGCCCCGUUCGAGCAUGAAUCCAACUAAACGCACUGUUAUGACUUUGCUAGCCAGAGCUAAGAACUCGCAGGCUCUACACGCGGUACGAAAUCCGAUUGCAGCAGCCACGGCAGCAAGAUUUGCUGAUCCCUUACAGAUGCUCACCUCCCCAUUCAUAUUGUCCCAGCCCAUGGAUCAGUCGAUGCUAACAUUCCCCAAGGAGAGUCUCGCGCAAGGAGUUUAAGUAUUUCACAACAAAAACAAAACAACAACAAGGUAUUUUUAUUUGAAGAAAAAGCAAAAUUUUGAUUCUUAUUGAGCCCGCCUCCACCUACACACCAAUGAAUUACAAUUAAGAAAUCACAAAAGAAAAAACUAAGAAAAUUUAAUUAAAAUA